UGGAAAAUUAUCAUCCAAUUGACUUAAUUGAUUUAAUUGAUUCAAUUGAUUCAAUUGAUUCAAUUGAUUCAAUUGAUUCAAUAAUUGAUUCAAUAAUUGAUUCAAUUGAUUUAAUUGAUUUAAUUGAUUUAAUU